AAGUCUUGCCCCCCAAGAUGCAAGUUCACCGAAUUUUCUGCGGGCUUCUUAUAUAUUACUGUUUUCUACUGGCAUCUUCCCAAGAUGAACCUAAGGUACCGCCAACUGAACCAACUGCAUCACCCAUAGCGGCCGAAGAAGCUAGCAAACCAGCUAGUAAACCGGAGGCUUCAGGUUCUUCCAAGUGCAAGUCAGAUGAAAUUCUUUCCGAAAAUGGCUGUGUGAACCGCGACAACUUUCUGAACAAGAUCAUGAUGAGAACCUGGAAGGACGAAGGCUUCGGCAAGGCAAUGGCGAGAGCUGGCCUGGUCGACGUGAUGCAGUGCAAGGAGGACGAGGUGAGGACUCCAUUUGGCUGCUCCAAGCCACCGUUUCCACCACACAGGGAUUCAAAUCGAGUGCCAGUGCACCACAGCAGCCUGCACCGCGAGCAGAUUGUGUACUCCAAUUACGGGUCGGUACGAAGCGUGCAUCAGGAAAAGAUCAAGAUCGAAAAAGAGAAAAGGGCGCCAUACACGGGUCCACCCAUUUCGGGGCACAAUGUUCCCCGAGAGAACUACAUCCUGCCGGGCAGGUUGCUCCGAAGCGCACGGAAGUGUCGCCCAUAUGAGAGUCCUGGGAAAGAUGGUCAGUGCCAUCUGAAGAAGGGUAAGACCGGAAAUUACAAGCACGGCAACCACGUCUAUGGACUCCAGUUGAGGCACCGACACGAAGCAAAAGGAUAGAAACUCUACUAAUAAUUCGACUUUUAUACUCGGCUAAUAAAGAAUUUUCCAAAAAGUGGAGUCUACUA